AACGGCAUGUCGUUUGCGCUUGAAAGCUUAUAACGUAUUAACAGUUGAGGUCUUUCAACCCGCAGGACGACGCUAAUGGCGAAGGGUUUAGAGCAGCAGGAACUGGAAGAGCAGCCAUGGCGGGUCCUCGAGUUCUACAGCGGCAUUGGCGGCAUGAGGUACUCGCUCAUGAAGGCAGGAGUGAACGCCGAAGUCGUGGAAGCGUUCGACAUCAACGACACCGCCAAUGACGUUUACGAGCACAAUUUCGGCCACCGUCCCUAUCAGGGUAAUAUUCAGAGUCUUACUGCUGCUGAUCUCGACCGUUAUCAGGCAGAUGCAUGGCUUCUUUCUCCUCCUUGCCAACCUUACACUCGACAAGGUCUUCAGAAGCAAUCCGGUGAUGCUCGGGCAUUUUCAUUUCUCAACAUUCUUGAGUUGAUACCACACACAUCUCGACCUCCAAUGAUGUUAUUUGUGGAAAAUGUUGUCGGAUUUGAGACAUCUGAUACGCAUACAAAAAUGAUAGAGAUAUUGGGAAGAACAAAUUUUGUUACACAGGAGUUCAUAUUGAGUCCGUUACAGUUUGAUGUACCGUAUUCCAGGCCACGCUAUUUUUGCCUGGCAAAGAGGAAACCUUCAACCUUUCAUAAUCAAGUUUUCGAUAAUCAGCUUCUUCACUCGCUAGGGCCAUUAUUUGGGGAUACAAAUGCCGAUGAGACAGUGCUCUGUGAACUUGAUAAACCACAAAAGAGCCAGGAUAAGUUACUUGAAUCUUGUGAGCCUAUAGAAAGCUUUCUUGAAUUCAAGAAUUGUAGUGACCAAUCGGAUUCCAAUUUUGUGGACACCACUACUAGUUCUACAGAUACUGAUGGAAUAUUGGAGAAAGAUGAAGGGAAUGGAUAUUGUAGCGGCAUCGUUGAUCAGUACAUUGUUCCAUUAAGCUUGAUAGAGAGGUGGGGAAGUGCCAUGGAUAUUGUCUAUCCUGAUUCAAAACGAUGUUGUUGUUUUACAAAAAGUUACCAUCGAUAUGUGAAGGGUACAGGCUCCCUUUUGGCAACUCUGCAGCCAAAGAAUAAGGAUAAAACAUCUUCAUUGAAGGAGCAGCACCUUAGAUACUUUUCCCCAAGGGAGGUUGCUAAUUUGCAUUCUCUCCCGGAAGAAUUUCAGUUUCCACAACAGAUAAGCCUCAGGCAGCGUUAUGCAUUACUGGGGAACAGUUUGAGUAUAGCAGUGGUUGCUCCUUUACUCAAAUACUUAUUUGCCGGAUCAUCAUGAUUAUUCUAAGACACCCCAAUUUAGUAACUGCAGCUCUCACCUUCAGCUAUACGUUUGGCUCACUAUAUCAACCAAUAAGCUUAAACUUCUCUUUGGCUCACUGUAUCAACCAAUAAGCUUAAACUUCUCUUCCCGGAUAUCUCUGCGAACUCUAACAUGUGAGGCAUGGACUCUGUGGAUUCGAGAUAAACAACUUGAACUUAUCGAUAAGAGGUUUUCUGAAGCUGUAAGGUGCUUGUAUGUGGGGCUUUUACGUGUGCAAAGAGUAACUCAACCAAGCAUGUCAUCUGUAGUUCUACACUGAGCGAAGUGUCCCUGAAUCACAAUCAAGGAUGCAUCAAUGUUCAGCAAAUACUUUCAGCACUACGUUGAUGGAACCUUCGUAGAUCAUCACUCCGGUGCUCGUUAAUCCUUCCGCCUACGGUCCACCAUCACAAAACAUGUUCGGCAGUAGGUUGACAUGAACCUUGUAAUCUUAUUUGGGAAACAGACAUGAGAUUAUAAGUUUGCAAGAAAGAUAGUUUUGAAUUAUAGUUUUGAAUUAUAA